UGUGACGAAAAAGUUUUAAAAAGUAAAGAAAGAGAAGGGGUAAGAGAGGGGCGAAAGAAGAGUGGGAGAAUGGAUGGGAAAGUGGAAGUGAAAAAUGGGAUGAGGGAGUGGGACGGAAAAAAGGGUGGAAAAGAGGGAUGGGGAAGGUGA